AUGGAUUACCGGAAUGUCCAGACGGCCAAUCGCGCCGCCCGGCCUUCCGUCGUGCAGGACAAGCACCACCGGCCACGCCACCAGCACCAAGAGUCGGCACGUAACGCGCCCGGCUUGUUGCACUACGACUCCGACCGCUCCACGACGCUCGACAGUCUCAAGGACCUUAUGGCCUUCAGCCAGCGCACCAGCCGCGCCCGCCACGACGACAUCUUGCUCGCCGCCAAGCACGCGCGCGCCCAGAUGCCCGCACAGUUUCGCGAACCGCCCUCGUCCACAGGCUCGCACGGCACCAUCACACACAGCUCCAUCCAUUUUGGCGACAACAUCAACAACAACAAUGACCUCACUUCCGACUCUACCCCCUCCUCUACCUUCUCGGCCGGCCCCGACGCCGAGUCGACGCGUGCUUCUAUGCACUACCAGCGCGGGAGCCACCGCGUGCGCAAAUCUACUGGCCGCUUUGGCAACGGCGGCGAGGAGAAGCGGACAGCCACCGACAUCCUGAGUGGUGUCGUUAACACGUCGGCCCUGUUCCGUACCUUUAAGGAGUGGCGACCCGAAGAUGUGACCGAAACGGGUAUCUUUGAGGACGCCGACGCAGGUGCACAAAACGACAACCGGGUCAACGUGGACGCGGAUUCCACUACCAACUUUGGUGUCAUCGACAACCUGGUGCACAUUGACAAGGAGAACUGCGGACCCCUCCCAUCCGCCCAGAACAAUAAGCAGAAAAACGGUCGCAUGGCCGACGCGCCAACCCGACACAACCGUCCAGUUCUGCAAGCUACGGUGCAAAACGAGUCACAGACGUCGUUCGUCAUGACGGCAGCGGCUACCCAAAAGCUAAAGCCCUCUCCCCUGCGGUAUGGCGCCGUGUCUCGUGCUGCAGCAUCUGCUCCUGCACCUGCGCCGGCGUUGAAGAAAUCGGUCACGACAGGUUCGCUGAAGGAGACGGACACCAAGAGGAAACACCAAUCUGCUGUGGUGUUUGAGAACUCUCCGCUCCUGGACGACGAGCUGUCGUCGCCUGAGACGUCUGCCGGUUCACGCGAGGAUAUCGACCUGGGUAUCCGGACAGCCGUUACAACCACAACGACUCAUGUACCGCAGAGGACCAGCUCGGCGCCACCUGCACCCGCAGCUCAUACCGCGAUCCUGGCUCGGUCAGACAGCAACGAUGGCGUUACUAACCAGUCGUUUAUCGUUCCGUCCAAAUCGUUCCCUCUCCUGCAGAACCUCGUCACCGGCACUCUGCGCUUCACCCCUGGCAACUACUUUUAUACCCAAUCCGUUGACGCCCAGCAGAAGUACCAGCUGCCAGCUGGUCGCAUUCCCGAAGACGAGAAGGAGAUUUUCGUGGAUAUUGAGACCAUCCGCGAGGAGGUGAAGCGCCUGCAGGAGCACGACGAGAUGCUCCAGAACGAGAUUGUCCAAGGCGAGAUCAAGUACAAGUCGCUUCUUGAUCGUUUUUAUAGCCUUGCCCACAAGUCCGCCGCAAAUGACUUUGCGCCAGACCUGGAUGACCCUGCCAGAGAAAGCGGCGAGGAGAACCAAUUAUUGCAAAAUAAGAUUCUUGAGCUCGAGACAGAUCUCGACGUCAUCCAUACGCAGUACGAAGAGCAGGCUCAAAUUUCGACCAAUCUGACAUCCGAGCGCGAUGCGGCCGUGAGCCGCGCCAAUGCCGCUGCUGAGAAAGCCAGGAAACUCUCGGCUGACUUGGAGGCUCUUCGCGAGCGGAUGGCCGCGUCCGCACAGCGUCCCAACCAGGAGGCGCAGCGGCGUAUCCAGCAGCUGGAGCAGAUGGUGGCUGAGCGCGAGCGGGUGAUCAAAGCACUCAAGGACGAACGCGACGCCGCCAACAGCAGCCAACGCGAAGAGCAGCGUCUCCACAAGGAGCGCAUCGCACGCAUGGACGCCGAAAAGCGCAUGCUCAGUGGCGACCACGCCAAGUGCAGCGACGAAAAGUAUGCACUCACAACCGCCAAGGACGCUUUGGCCCAGAAAAACACGGCACUCAAGGAGAAGCUGCACGCAGUGCGGCAGCAGUGCAAGGACCGCGAGGCCACAGUGCAUGCUGUUGUCGAGCGCCAGCGGAACCAGAUCACGAAGCUGCAGGUGCUUCUGCGCGAGAAGGAGAAGAGCGUUCACCAGCUCGACGAGAACUUCCGCAAGCUGCGCGAGUCGUGGUCGUCCAAGGAUGAGACGCUGAUGCGCAUGACAGAGGUUCUGGGCCAAUGGCCUGGCGGUCUACCCCAGGAGCACCGGGGCACGCUGCAGCCUGCGGAGACGACCCAAGAUCUGGAGCACGAUGGCCGUGAUGAGCACGAGUUUGACGUGUACGUAGACGAUUUCCAGUCGGAGCAAGAUGACCAAGAGCGGCCCGACGACAACCAGAACGUGGCCGACCUGGCCCAGAGUGAUGGUGCCUCGGACUCGGGCCAAUCUGCGGUCGACCACUCAAUGGAUGAGAACAUGACGUCGGCGUUUAUCAUUCCCGAUCUAGACUUCCAGACGGAGAACGUGGAGGUGGAGCAGGGCGAGAACGGCGAAGACGCGGAGCACGGCGAGAUACAUGACCAGGAGCUGGAGCGCGAGCUGGCACAGGUCCACGCCGCCUCGCGGGUUGCAGAGGCCAAGGCUAAAGCGAGCCAUUCCAAGACCAGCAAGUCCAGCAAACCCAGCCAGCAAAAGUCUGUUUCCUUCCAGGCGACCAACCACACUCUGCGCCAUACGACCACGUCAACUUCCGCAGCAUCGACGACGGCUAUCUGCAAGCACAAUCGCGUCAACUGUGUCGUGUGUUGUCAAAAUGCCGGCCCAGUUGGAGAGAACGCAAAGGUAACCGUGGCCGUACCGCGGCCGAUCCAACCGGGCCAGCCGACCUCGUCGAACACCGCCGGCCGCCGCAACGACAUUCUGCCCGACCCGUCCAUGGAUCCUGGUAGCGCGCUGGCGUACGUCAUGAAGCUGCUGGACGACGAACGCCGCCACCUGUGGAUGCAGAUCUUGGCCAUGCGCAAGAGCGGCGAGACGGAGGAGGCGCUCAACGACAAGCAGAGGCCACGUCGCGUGCUGCGCGAGGCCGAGGAGCUGUGGAACGCCUACGUCCUCAAGGUGGAACAGCUCAACCGGCUGGACGAUGUGCUUGCAGGCCAGCGCGCCGCGGGCCAGGAUAUGACGCGCGAGGAAAUUGACGUGACGAUUACGCGGAUUUUAGAGGUGUAG